CCCAUUGAAACCAAGUUAAUAAAAACCUUAGAUCAGAGGGGGAAAACCCAGAUUCGAAAAACAGUGAUUAGCAGUUUAAAAUAACAACACUCUUUGGAUUUUAAGUUAACAUGUCAUAGGUCAAUCCCUCUGGAAAGUAAACAAAUUAGAGCUACAAAUUACAAAACAAUCCAGUGACCUGGUAAGGAGAGUCAACAUUAUAUUUAUUUUAUCCAAGAGUGGAGUGAAGAGAGUAAUGAAACCCUUCCCAUGAGCACCAAUGGGUUCCCUGCUCAGUUCUUUAUGCUACAUACUGUUGCCUAGCUGGAGUUUGAGUCUUGGAAACUCUGAUGACAAGGACCAGUAUGUAGAUACCAUUGUGGCUGCUGUAGAAAAGGGUGAUAUUGAAGGCCUUAGAGAAGUUCUUGAGUCUCCAAAGUUUAAGAAUUUUGGGAGCAUAGAAAACAUAGAGACGGUGCCGUCACUGAUACAAAGAGCUGCGGCCAGAGAAUAUGAUCAUAUAGUCAAGUUUUUGAUUGAGCGCAGCGUCAAUGUGGACCAGGCAGACAGCUGUGACAUGACAGCGCUGCAUGAAGCUUGCAAGAAGAGAAACUUCCGGAGUGUUCUGGAGCUGGUUAGCCAUUCAAAGAACAUUGACAAGAGAGACAUUUGGGGCCGCACACCUCUGAUCAAGGCUUUGGUUUACAGAAAUGAAAGGGCUGCAAAGCUUCUGUUAGAAAAGGGAGCGAAUCCUAAUGCAAUAGACAUCUAUGGCAUGACACCACUGAGCACUGCCAUAGAUUACAACAUGAUAGACAUGAUAAGAUUGUUGGUGAACUACGGAGCAGACAUUAACAUGGUCACGGUCCAUCAGUGGAAUAAGUGCUCAGGCCCACCCCUGUACCAGGCAGUCAUCAACCAAAACAUUGACAUUGUCAAUGAGCUGGUAUAUUUAGGAGGGCUCACCAGGCCUCGGCCACAAGACUUCUGCCCGGCAUACGGCUAUGCGAAGGUCAGUCCCAAGAGCGGUCCCCAACCCACGCUGACUCACGAGAAUGCUGUCAUUCUGGCUAUGUCAGAACUCGUGAAGAGGAACUCUCUGGAUAUUCUAGGACCGGGCAUGGAUAUUCUAAUGGCAUUAAUAGCUGCCCAUGGGCAUUCCCUGGGGUCAUCCUCAGACGUUUUGAUCCGCGUUCUGAUCAAUUCCAGACCUGAAGAAUUCCCUAUGAUCCUCCACAAGCUUCAGCUUUGUUCCAGCAGCUCUCAAGAUGAACUUCUGGGCACUUCCAAUGGUACGAAUAACACCCAGAGGCAUGCUGCUCGUUCUCAGCAUAUGCAGCAGCUGGACCACCACCUGCAGACCUCUGAUGGAAAAAGGGCUUCCUACCAGGUCAUGUCCCUGCAGAACCAGGCCCGCAGGGUUGCCAGGUGUGCAAUGAUGUGCUCCGGCCACAAUGUGGUUUGGGCCACACAUAGACUCCAAUGUCCGCCUGCACUAAAAAGCCUGCUUCUGCUAAAAGACAUAGACAGAGCAUUCUCAACAGGUCCUGAUCGUUUAAAGUCUACCUAAAGCACAGCUAUUUAGUAUAAGCAUAAAUUUAACGACAACUUUUAAAAUGUAAUGUUCUGUUUUGAUCAUUCUCAAACUUAGAGUUUUUUCUUGUAGUGAUUGACGUUCCCAGGCUCUACAUAAAGCAUCUUUGUUAUGUAGGAAUGUGUUAUAUUUUCAUAUCCCAAUGGACCAGUUGAUAGUGGAUAGUGUGUUAUUUUAUCAUAACCCUAUUGACCAAUCGGAAGGUUGUUUUAUUUACGUAACGAUACAAUAGAUAGUGAACAUAGGUCUUGCCCUUGUAAUUUUUUGUUCUUUCAACUGGAGCAUUCCCACGAGCUUGGAUUUUUCUAAGGAUGAUCUAACACAGUGUUAUUUCAAAAUAUGAGGAAUUGUGUGUUUGUCUGUUUGGUCGUCACGGUCCCAGAAAUAGUUGGACAAUUUUUGGGCUGCUGUGCACAGUCAGUUUGUUUGAAAGCUUGUUGAGACACUCUGUGACUUGGUUGUUGAAAUUGAAACUAUUUUAGGUUGUGAUAUACUCUAUGGUCUCUGCAGGGCCAGCCUUGGAUAAUCGGAGGCAAAAUGAAUUUGGUAGCUCCCCCCCCCCCCCAAAAAAAAUUUUUUUUUUUUAAAAAUUAAAAACCUGUCCAUCUAUAUAUAUCUAAAUGGACAAAUAAGUGAAAUUCACAUAUCACAAUUUCUGUAACAGAGACAGACUUGUAAACGCAGAGUCCUAGUGCUCUACUAUUUGUGAGAUCUGAUCCAAGUUUUGCUACUUUUUAUCUACAAAUUUGUUAGUCCUGUCCGAGGCCCACAUCACUUUGGGGAUGCUGCCUGUUUAGUCUAUGCCUAAGGCCCGGCCUGAUAUCUGGCAUCAUGGGCCCCUUAAAUGUUCAACACAGGCUUCUGCACAAAGCCUGUGUUUGAAGUUCAUCUGUGAUCUGAUUUUGUGAAAAUUUACAGCUUCUGUUAUUCAGAUCUGCUGAACACUAGCUACAGUCUAAUCUUGUGACUAGAGGCUCGAUAUGGCAACUUGUACAUGCAUUGUCUAAAGGGGUAAAAAAAAAUAAUUAAUAAGGAAAAUCGCAACAUGACAUAACAUUUCUCCUUUAUUUGGUAGGGUAAAAGUAGAUAACAUUGUAGUGAUCAAAUCUAAAUUUGUAAUGCGUUGUUUAAAAAUUUGCCAUUUUAUAAUUGUUUUAUGUAGCCAGCAUACCAUUUUACUUUUUUUUUUCUUGUUGUUCUUCACUUUUGUUUUGUUGUGAUAAAAUAGCUUCCACCAAAAUGCCCAUAUUUGAGAACUGUUUUAUUUGUGAUUUAUUUUUCCUUCUCUCCUGGAUCAGAGCAUUGGGGCAAGCCUCUUUUUCUUAUUUGUUCUCCAAGGCUAAGUUUGAAAUAACUGUGAACUUCUAUCCCGAUGAUAAUUGGCAUGACCACAAAGAGAUAGAACCUGUAUGACACUUUAAAGAGAUAGAACCUGUAUGAUAAUAGAUACUCUAAAGAGAUAAACAUGUAUAAUUGUUACUUUAAAGAGAUAGAACCUGUAUGAUAAUCAACACUUUAAAGAGAUAGAACCUGUAUGAUAACUGACACUUUAAAGAGAUAGAAACUGUAUAAUUUAUUCUUUAAAGAGAACCUGUAUGAUAAUUAACACUUUAAAGAGAUAAAACCUGUAUAAUUGAUACUUUAAAGAGAUAGAAUUUGUAUGAUAAUUGAUACUUUGUAUGAUAAUGAUUAUUCAAAGAGCUAUAUCAUGCAUGAUGAAUUAUUACCUAACUCCUGAAAUGCAAGAAAACAGUUGUGGUUAUAAUAAACCAGACAGCUUGUACAAGAUGUGAAUGUAAACUAUAUAUCAUAUUGAUAUACUCUUGUAGUCAGAAUCAAAUGGUGGCAGUUUUGAACAUAAUUUUAAAUGUAUUGUUAGCCUUGAUCUACUGGUAUGUUACUAAUAUUGUGAUUUGAUGUUUUUUUUCUCUUCCUUUUAAAAGAAUGUGGCUAAUUUGUGUCCUGUUUCAUAUGUUGAUGUGCAAUAAGUUUAUAACUAUAAAAGAUACACACUUAAAGACAGAACUGUGGAGAGAAAAAAUGUAAUUUGGAUUUUUUGGCUGCUUGAUUUGCGCUUUGAACUAUCAUCACGCUGGUCCCCAGUUCGAAUCUUGUCCACUGCAGGAGGUUUGGGCUUGUAUGUAAUAAUCUUCAUUUCUUAACUCUUUCAGUGUGGGGUUACUCUAUCUUUCAAAAUAUAACUUUUUGAUGAAUUUUUAGAUGUAUUUCCUCUUGUACCCUACUCUUUUAAAUGAAAAAAAAUGCAUUCUUGAAUCAUUUAUUCUAUUUAUUGUACUUUUGUAGCAAAUUCAUUUUCCUUUUAAAAAAUUCAAAACAUUAUGUUAGAUUUAGUAACUCUACCCUGCCUUGCACAUUUUAGUUCUUCCCAGAAAAAAACAGUACACACUGAAAGAGUUUAAGCAUAUUUGAAACCCGUAAAAUAGAAUAGAAUCACAGAAAAAUGAAAUUUGGACAUGUCUCUGUGAAUGUGUGAUGGGUGAAGAUGUUAAAGUGAAGCAACUUGAUUAGAUCCCAUAAUCUAGCAAUUUUUCUUCUUCUCUCAAAUUAAUCCCUAGCAAAGUAGAGUAGGCCUAUUGGCUGAGUGGUUAAGCGCUUGGCUUCUGAACCUGGGGUCCUGGGUUCGAAUCUUGGUGAAGACUGGGAUUUUGAAUUUCUGGAUUUUUUUAGUGCACCGCUGAGUCCACCCAACUCUAAUGAGUACCUGACUUUAGUUGGGGAAAGUAAAGGUGGUUGGUCGUUGUGCUGGCCACAUAAAACCCUGCUCGUUAACCGUUGGCCAAAGAAACAGAUGACCUUAACAUCUUCUACACUUUAGAUUGGAAGGUCCUGUAUGAGCUUGAGUGUAAGGUUUCUUUUAUUCAAUCAAAAUCUUUCCCCUUUAAAAUGUUUCACUGACCUUGUGGUGUGGGCUUUGUUGUAAUACUUAAACUAAAUGGUAUCUAGAUAUGUAUAAAACCCUUAUGUACUGAAUUUGUUUAUUAAAGUACCAUAACUCUGAAUUCAUUUGAUGAUUGACUUAAAAUGCUUCUUUAGUGAUAUAAUGAUAUAAAAAUAUAGAUCAAUACCACAACAUAAAUUAUGAAUUCAAGAUCAAUUGGUUUGGUUUGAUUGAUCCCAGACACUGAAUCUGCAAUUAUUCUCACAGAGUGAUUAAAACAAUAUACAUUUGGACAUAAUUCAUGAGAUAUUUUUUUGUAUGUUAUACAGCUUUUGGCCUGUACUUUAUAUUAUAGCAAGUGUUCAUUAUAAAUAGUUAUACUUUAGUUGCUAUUUUUUUUUUAUUUGGAGAAUACUGUCUACUUCAGUGAUUAUGGUGCUUUGAAAUCUUCUUAUUUGACUGUUUUUUUAACUUAUGGUUUCUUUGUGUAAUGUAUCUGGGUUUAUUUCUAUGUUCAUAAUGUUUUGAAAUAAACCAAAGCCUAUACAAAUUGUUGAUUGGUGAAAUGAUUCUGGA